AUGACGACGCAGAGGAACGACGAGCCCGAGCAGCGCACCCAAAAGCCGCCGUCUCAGGGAGAAGACAAGAAAAAGAAGACGCAAGAAGAAGACACAAGAAGAAGAAGAAGAGAAGAAGAGAGAGAGAGAGAGAGAUCCCUCGGACGGGAGGACAAACGAGGGUGGGAGAAGAAGAGGAAGAAGAGGAAGAAGAGGAAGAGAGAGGAAGAGAGAGGUCGAAGUUCGGUUCGGGCGGUUUUGGCGACGGCGAGGAGAAAGACUAAGAGGGAGACAAGAAAGGGAGAAAGGGAAAAGGGAGAGCAAUGA